AUGAAACUGCUGCAGAGGAAGCUGCGUGAACGUUUUAAAAGGAGCCGGGGCGAGAUGGAUAAUAACUCACUGGACUACUUCACCGGCAACUUCACAGAGAUCCCUAACACCACUACCGCUCCACCAUGGAGCGAGGCCACACUCCUCGGCCUGCAGGUCUCCCUGUCUGCGCUGUUAGCUAUCGUCACCUUGACUACCGUGCUCUCCAACGCCUUCGUCAUCGCCACCAUCUUUCUGACCAGGAAGCUCCACACGCCCGCCAACUUUCUGAUCGGCUCACUGGCCGUCACAGACCUGCUGGUGUCUAUUUUAGUCAUGCCAAUUAGCAUCGUCUACACCGUCAGCAAGACCUGGUCGCUGGGGCAGAUUGUCUGUGACAUCUGGCUGUCGUCUGAUAUCACCUUCUGCACGGCCUCCAUCUUGCACCUGUGUGUGAUCGCGCUGGACCGAUACUGGGCCAUCACAGACGCUCUGGAGUACUCAAAACGCCGCACCAUGCGCCGGGCGGGGAUCAUGGUCGGCGUGGUGUGGGUGAUCUCAAUAUCGAUUUCCAUCCCUCCACUUUUCUGGCGGCAGGCCAAAGCCCACGAGGAACUGACAGAGUGCAUGGUGAAUACAGAUCAGAUCUCUUAUACCCUAUACUCCACCUUUGGCGCCUUCUACGUUCCCACAGUGCUUCUCAUCAUCCUCUACGGACGGAUCUAUGUUGCUGCUCGCUCCCGCAUUCUUAAGACACCGUCGUCUUCGGGGAAACGUUUCACUACGGCACAGCUCAUCCAGACCUCUGCAGGCUCCUCUCUCUGUUCUCUUAAUUCCGCCUCCAACCAGGAAGCACACCUACACUCUGGUGGAGUAGGAGGAGGAGGAGGAGGAGGAGGAGGAUCGCCUCUGUUCAUGAACAGUGUGAAAGUGAAGCUGGCAGACAGCGUGCUGGAGAGGAAACGUCUGUGUGCAGCCCGGGAGAGGAAGGCGACCAAGACUUUGGGCAUCAUCCUGGGCGCGUUCAUCAUCUGCUGGCUCCCAUUCUUUGUCGGCACGCUCGUCAUGGCCAUAUGUAAAGAGUGCUGGUUCGAUCCAGUGCUUUUUGACAUAUUCACCUGGCUGGGAUACCUGAACUCCCUCAUCAAUCCUGUAAUCUACACCGUAUUCAACGACGAGUUCAAACAGGCUUUCCAAAAACUCAUCAAAUUCAGACGGUGAUCCUGAAAAACCUCGCAGUGGAUUAAAACUGACAUCUCUAGGGAGGCAGGGAGUGAAAGAGACAAAGAAUAAGAUAAUGGAUAAUAAAGAUAGUGAAAGUACUCUACACUUAAAUGUCUCAUCUUGUAAACAUAUGCUAAGUGUGAUAUGUUU